CUCUACCACACACACACGCACACACACAAGCACACGCACCCAACACACGCACACGCCCGCUUGCUCACUCUGGUCAUGUCCGGUGUGCCUGUGGCUGCAGCGGUAACCACCCUGCUGGUGGUGCUGGGCCUCGCGGUUGCGCUGGCCUCCAACCACUGGUACUCUGCCUCUGGAGAGGACGUGGGACUGCUGGCCAUGUGUACCCACACGGCCAACAGCCCCGUGGAUCCGGACGGGCUUCUUGACUACAACAUGGACGUGUGCGUCUCGCUGGCAGAGACGCUCGGCUUUUACCGCUACGCGCACAAGAUCAGCGACGAAGCUGCCAAGGCAACGACGGCCAAGAUUGUGGACGGCAUGGAGCAGCUGUGGUACUGCUCGCUGGCGGCGCUCAUUGCGCUGGUCUUUGCCGUGGUCGGCUACGCCGGCCAGCUUGCUGCUGCUAUGUUCUGUGCCUCGCAGCAGGCGCUCGAUCAGCCGACAGCCUCCGGCUUUGCCGCCCAGCGCGGCGCGCUUGUUGGCGGGCUGGCAGCGGCGCUCAACGUGGCGGCGGUCACUGUGUGGUUUGUCGGCGGCCGGGUGACCAACAACGAGGUGGUUGCCUCCAAGGUUGCCGACCUUGCGUGGGCCGCCUGGCUCGCCGCCGCGCUUCCGUUCCUCUCGAUCGCCGCCUCGAUCGCCCUCUACCGCUCCGGCGCCGAGGCGAGCAUGUACUCGGGCGCGUCGCUCCUUCCGCUCUCGUCGGGCCCGGGCACCGGCGGGCGGUACCGCACCUUUGGCCACUUUCCGGACAAGUGAAUACGCGUUUACACAGCAUGAAAGGUGAUGGCGAGCGCAAACGACGGG